AGACGAGACAGACCGGUAAACCACCAUGGGUGUAGACCCGUUGCACCUGUUGUUUCUUGUCCAUACCACUCGACCAGAAUCGCCAUCAUGAGCCCCGAACAGGCUUACACGAUGCUGCCCGUACGGGAGCCGUACUCGGACCAGCCAGACAGUGAAACCGAGGACGACGUCUUGCCUCUCGACACCCCACAACAACAGCCACAUGUCCGGGUCCAACCAUCGCGAAGGCCGUGGCGCCGCUUCUCUCCAACCUCGCUCUUCCUCGCCCGCCGCGGUCCUCGCCGCAUCCUCACCUGGCGCCGGGCCCUCGCGCUCGCCGUCGUCGCCUACGUUGCCUACUGCACCGUGACCUCGCAGCCGCUCUUUGCCCACAAACUGCCCGCCUACACGGGCCCCCACGCCGUCGGCGCCAUCGACCUGGAAGUCCCCGUCUCGAACCCGCGCGUCAUCAGCCCGGCAAAGUUCAAGGGCACCGACAAGGACGCCUUCCAGCUCGACACGGUCCUCUUCACCCUCUACUACCCGGCCAGCAGAGACGUUGCCUCCGACAAGCCUUUGCACCGCUGGGUCCCAAAACCCGUGGCGCUCACGGCCAAAGGCUACUCGAAGGCCGCGGGCAUCAGCAACUGGUUCACAAAUGCGCUCUUCACGGCCGUCCUUGCUGGACUCGCGGGCAGCUUGACCAUUCCGGCACAGGUCGAUAUUCCCCUGGGCGGCGCUCCACCCGCUGCUACGGUUCCCGAAGACGGUGCCUCAAGUCUAAAGCAUGACCGAGAGUCACCUGCCGACCCGGCCCAGGCCAUCUUUGGCUCUGCCCCAGCGUCCCACCCAGACUCGGCCCGUUACCCGGUCGUCGUCUUCACGCAUGGCAUGGCCUCGUCGCGGACCGAUUACACGCACUACUGUGGUGAGCUCGCCAGUAGGGGCUACAUCGUUGCCGCCAUCGAGCACCGCGAUGGCUCCAGCCCCGGGUCGCUGGUAAUGCGGGAGGGAAAGCCGGGCGAAGAGGCCAUCUUAUUCAAGCUUGAGGAUGUUGUGUUGCCAGCUGGUUCGACCUCGGCUUCCUCGUCCGAGGAGAAAGAGGUGGACAUUGAUUCUUUCAAAAAGGCACAGCUAGCCUUCCGCCAAGCAGAGAUCGAAUCCGUCGUGGAGACGCUCCAGCAGAUCAAUGCCGGCGAGGGCGCAAAAGUCCUCGCCUCAAACUCACGCCUCGAGGGCACACACCUGCCACAGUGGUCGGGCCGACUCAACACGGACGCCAUGAUUCUCGCGGGUCACAGUUACGGCGCCACGGGUGUUCUGCAGGCGCUUAAACCCUCUCACACGGACGAGAACAACCUCCUCCCCUUCGCGGGCGCUGUGGUUCUCGACCCAGGAAAGUCCUCUGGGCACUUGAAUCCAGACAUCGCCGUGCCAAUCCUGGUCAUCCACUCCAACUCCUGGUCCGCAACUAGCUCCAUCUUCUACGGCCGGCCGCACUUCCACGUCGUCCGUGACAUUGUGCGGGAGAACAACGCCCCUCCCAAGAACAACCCGUCCUGGUUCAUGACGUCCCUGGGGACUUCGCACCCUUCCGUGACCGACGCCCCGCUCAUCGUGCCCUUACUCCUCUCGUGGACCACGGGGGCCAAAAUUGAUGUCUAUGAGGGGCUGCGGCAGUACGUCCAUGUCAGCGAGGACUUUAUGUGGUUCCUCGGCCCCGCCGGGGAUAACAAGACGGCGAACAGGCAGUGGGGUGAGAGGAGAGGCCUGCUCAGAGAAAAGGCAGACUAUCCAGACUACGACGAGAGCGCGGGCUGGGGCCAGUACCACGGCCAGAGAGAAGAGGGGUGGAAGCAGUACUGGCAGAUCCACGUGGCUCCGCCGCCGCUGGAUGCUUCUCCUGUGUAGAGACGGAAGUAGAAGGGGGAGGCCCGGGGUUGCUUCGAGAGCGGGAGUUUUGAUUUAUGCAAGCAUAAGCAGGCGAGUAGACAGGAAAAGAGAGAUUAUUGCUGAAA